GUCCAGUGCAGAUCUAUGGCCAUAGGGGUCUGGCAGCUCCUACUGGACAUGGGAAUUAUGUCAUCAGUGGACCAGCAUCUAUACUUUCAAGAUACUUAUGUUUUCUACCAGUUUUCCUCGGAUGAAUGUAGCUACUUGUACUGUGAAUUCGAAAGAGAAGAGGAGUGGCAAAACGGUGUGAAACUUUUACUGCAGCUUGUGCCUCUCAUCCCCGCUAGAGCUGGCAUCUGUGAACUGUCUCAUCAGAAAAUUGAAGACCCUGAAGAAAGCAGUGAUGAAAUUCUCGCUCGUCUAACAUCUGCGGUGCAGAGAGAACUCGCAGCUGUUAUUGCUUUGAAAGCAAGGAAGUCCGCAAUUGAACAAGAUGAAGAAAACAGUGACAAACACGUAACUGUAACAGAAGCCGAAGGUGUUCCAGAUUCUCAGGCAGGGGUGAUGUGCAAGCUUCAAGAGAGAGAUGAUAUCGGACGAAUCGAACUGGUCCAGAAGCUGGCAAGAGAAAACUAUCAGUUUUUGCAGACGGACAAAAAAGAACAGGAGAAGUCUGAACACCAGGAUGAUGAAGUGGCGACUGUUCAAGUGAAGGAGCAAGACCAGAGCGUGCUGGUGCUGAAGAGAGUGCAGUGCUGUGGCCCAGCCCCCACAGCUGGGAGCCCGGAGAGCCAUUGCAGAUACGUGGUAGUGUCCGGGACUCCGGAGAAGAUUUUGGAGCACCUUCUGAAUGACUUGCACCUGGAAGAAGUCCAGGACAAAGAAACAGAGACCCUCCUUGAUGACUUCCUUCUCACAUACACUGUCUUCAUGACAACGGAUGACUUGUGUCAGGCGCUGUUAAGGCACUAUUCUGCUAAGAAGUAUCAAGGCAAAGAGGAAAACUCAGAUGUUCCUCGUCGGAAACGUAAAGUCUUGCAUCUUGUUUCCCAGUGGAUUGCUCUAUACAAAGACUGGUUACAUGAAGAUGAACAUUCAAAAAUGUUUUUAAAGACCAUAUACAGGAAUGUACUGGAUGAUGUCUAUGAAUAUCCAAUACUUGAAAAAGAAUUGAAAGAAUUUCAAAAGAUACUUGGAAUGCACCGUCGUCACACUGUAGAUGAAUAUUCACCACAAAGGAAGAAUAAAGCCCUUUUCCACCAAUUCAGUCUUAAGGAGAACUGGCUCCAGCACAGAGGAGCUGUGACUGAAACAGAGGAAAUGUUUUGCCACGUGUAUAUAACAGAGCACUCCUAUGUCAGUGUGAAGGCAAAAGUUUCCAGCACAGCCCAGGAGAUCCUGAAAGUUGUAGCAGAAAAGAUCCAGCAUGCAGAAGAGGAUCUGGUUCUGGUGGCCAUCACGUUCUCUGGAGGAAAACAUGAACUUCAGCCAAAUGACUUGGUCAUCUCCAAAUCCCUUGAGGCAUCUGGUCGGAUAUUUGUCUACCGGAAAGACCUGGCUGACACUUUGAACCCAUUGGCAGAAAAUGAGGAAUCGCAGCAAAGGUCGAUGAGGAUUUUGGGAAUGAACACUUGGGAUCUUGCUCUGGAAUUAAUGAAUUUUGAUUGGAGUCUAUUCAAUUCAAUUCAUGAGCAAGAGCUGAUCUACUUCACAUUCAGCAGACAGGGAAGUGGGGAACACACUGCAAACCUCAGCCUUCUGCUCCAGAGAUGCAAUGAGGUCCAGCUCUGGGUGGCCACGGAGAUUCUGCUCUGCAGCCAGCUGGGCAAGCGAGUGCAGCUGGUGAAAAAAUUCAUCAAAAUUGCGGCUCACUGCAAAGCCCAGAGAAACCUGAAUUCUUUCUUUGCUAUUGUGAUGGGUCUCAACACUGCUUCUGUCAGCCGACUCUCGCAGACCUGGGAGAAAAUCCCUGGGAAGUUUAAGAAACUUUUCUCUGAACUUGAAAGUUUAACAGAUCCUUCGCUAAAUCACAAAGCCUACAGAGAUGCAUUCAAAAAGAUGAAGCCACCAAAAAUCCCUUUCAUGCCCUUAUUGCUUAAAGAUGUAACAUUUAUUCAUGAAGGAAAUAAAACUUUUUUGGAUAACCUUGUCAAUUUUGAAAAGCUGCACAUGAUUGCAGACACUGUCCGAACCCUGAGACACUGCAGGACUAACCAGUUUGGAGGUGAACUGUCUCCAAAAGAGCAUCAGGAGUUAAAGUCCUACGUGAAUCAUCUGUACGUCAUCGAGAGCCAGCAGGCCCUAUUUGAGCUCUCACACCGGAUUGAGCCUCGGGUGUGAGCCCCUCCGCCUCACCACCCCUGUAACUGCAGCACUUUGAGCUACGGGAAUGUCCAUGCCAAGCACGUUGCUUUCCUGUGAGAAAAGAAGUUGCUGAGUUUUAUCAGUAUACCCCAAGACAUUCCCAGGAAAGCCAGCCAAAGCGUGUUCAGGAAGCAAUGUCAGCCACCGGAGAGGGGGAGAGGCCUCGCCACGUUCCUCCCAGAGCAAGAAGGCAGCAAGAGACUCAGACGCAUUCUUGAGAUGGAGAAGUCUGGUUUCUCAUGAGCACGUUGUUGAUCCAGUCCAGUUUUCAAUUUGAGAUGUGCCAGCAUCAAGACAACAAAACGCGUCUUGACGUAUAUAAUGACCAAAUAUUUCAGAAAGAGCGUGCAUGAAACAAGGAGGAGUUUUACUUUGCCUGGUGUUAGAACUCUUUAUAGGCUAUCAAGGAAUACUUCUUUAGAACACCUAAAGACAGUGACAGCAUCUCCAGAUUUCCAGGGAGAAGGAGAGGUCUCUGUCAGUAGGAACUAUGACAUCACCGAAAGCCACUUGUGUCUAGGGAGUGAGUGAGGCCCGCAGCUGGCACCCAUGCUCUGACUUGCAGAUGAGAAACAUCGAGGCGUGCACUGCUUUGCACCACAAUCACUUACCAACACAUGCUUGCAGGUGAAAUUAGUUUCUGUACAACGUGAUUUGCAGCUAUAGGCAAGGUAGAUAAGUUGCUUUGCCGAGAAGCAAAAAUAGUAAUCUUUAAGAAAUUGACUCAGUGUUUAAUUUCUGGGGAUUUUCUUUACAUUUAUAAGCAGGCUCUUAUCUUUUAUUAGGCAUGAUAUGAUUUUUGAAAAAGCACGGUGCCUGACACGUUGUUGGCGCUCAGUAACUGCUGAUUGAGGUGACCGAGUGACAGAGGUCUGCAUUCUUGUGCCUGAUACCUCACGUAGGUUCCUUGCCCACAGUGCGGGAUGACAGCAGCCACACAGGGAGGUGACAUGAGGUUUGACAUGUGAGGCGCUUAGCACUCUCUGUGAAAGCUAAUGAAAAGUGCCCAGGAAUACCCAAAUGUCUGAUUUAUGCUGGAGCCUCAGAAGUCCUGUGGUCCACCUACCAGCCAAAGCAGGGAGCCUUUCUGUAAUCUGCCUUUUGUUAAAUCUCAAAAUCUCAGAGUCUUCUGAGUCCUUUUUUUAUUAUUCUCAUUUUUACCAGUUGGGGCCCAUCUAUUGCCCAGACACGGAGUCUUGGUGUUCUCACCAUGCCUGCCUGUCCUCUCUGAGGGACCCCAUCAGCCCUGCUUCCUUUUUGUACUUUUUGUCCCAUCAGCACCUCGUUUAUCCUCAUUACCAAGGCGUGCCCAGCGCUUCCUGACAUCUUUAUAGCACUGCUGUUUCCUGGGCUCAGGAACCACACUGAGCUUGAGAUAUUGCUGGAAGGAGCCAUGCAGAGGAAAUGAUUGGAAGGACUUCCACGGAGAUUCAGUCUUGCCCAGCAUGUAAAACUUCACUCCUGGAAACUUACAGGGUUUUAUAGAAAGGCACCAUCCAGGGCUGGUCUCUCAGAGAAAUGCUUCAUGCUGCUGGUAAUGGAAUGAGACCCACUGGAGGGGAGACCAGAGCCAUCAGAACUGGGGGUACAGACAUCCCUCACGGCUGAGCAAACACUCCAGAGCCCUCCCCUUGGCAGUCACUGAGGAUGGCAUGGGCUUACAGCACAUCUUUUUCCUAUUCUAGGAACUAGGGUUUGGACAGUCUAAUCAUAAGGCCAUUUUGACAUUGUCUCUAUGUUUUAGAAUUUAAAUUUUUAUUUACAUUAGCUCUACAUUGCUCCAAGGCAAGCAUUGCUUUUAGGCGACUAAUUUGCGAAGAACUAUUUCAGCAUAGUGCAUGCUGCGUAGACCCCAAGUCAGAUAUGUGUGCUUGGCCAAAUGAAGCUACACAAACACUGUGUUUAAACACAUUUUGUGUGGUGUAUUCAGGGUAUCUUGCGUGGCACGGGGGGAAGUAGGCUGGGGAGAGAGUGGUGCUUGCCCACCACGUCCUCCCACCAUGAUCACGUUGCCCUCAGGGUGGCAAAGAGAAGGGAGGAUUUUGUUUAGAUUUGCUUUUCCAUCCCUGUCUUCUGAAUGUCUAAAAUCUCUAAAUCUUUCUGAAAUUUAAUAACUGUCUCCAGAGAUUUCCUGGGCAGCAACUCUCAGAAAUUUCAGAAGCUUUGAGGAAUCUUAAAUCUAGAAUUACAGAAUUGAAGGCAAAAUUGUGAGAACCAGAUUUUGCUCAACAGGAAUUCUAACCAAUCUGCGCUGUCCAACACUGAAUGGGCCACGGUGGGACUCACAUGUUUCCUGGAUAGGCCAUAUUUCCUGUCUGGGCUAUUCACCAAGGCCACCAAGAAUAGGUUUUAUUCAGGCUAGAAGGGUGGACCGGAAGAUGUCUAAGCUCUUUUCCAGCUCUGUUUUGGGUUUUUAUGGUUGCACAGAAUCUCCAUUCACUUUGAAAAUCUUGCGUAAUCUGCCACCUUCCACAGCAGGUGGUGCAUGGUCACUUCUAAGUGGGUCCUCUUUGUCACAGCAAACUCUCAGACAGCCCUGCGGGCCUGUGGCUGUGUCAGCAUUCCAGUAAACCAGCCCUGCUUUGGAGUUAGCACGGGACAGCAGAAUGCAGGCUCCUGUAGGCAAAAUCACCUUUCCAAUUUUUUUUAAAUUUUUACAUAUACCUAUGCAGAUGUUCCAUAGACUACAGUGUUUUAAAUUCACUCUUUGUCAUAAUCUGUAUAAUUGCCAAUGGUCGUAGUGAUAAAAAUUAUGACCCACAUUCACUUUUUUCAGUAAGCUUAAUUAUGUUUAGAAUAAACUCAUUUUCCUAGACCAAUACCCGCAAGCAGGUAGUGCAGAGCAUACAUUGAAUUUAGAAGCACGAGAAUGAAGUAAAUGCCCACCCCUCCCAGCCUGCAGUUAGGAUGUUGCAUGAAUGCAUACUCGCCUCUGAGUGGCGGAGGAACAGUGGCAUGAACAAGAGGGCUGGUGACAACUUCACAUCCCUGAAGCUGGGCUUUCCCCGCUUCCCAGAUCGCAGCCCUGCAGUGAACAGGGCUGUCCUAGCCAGCGCGAACACACAGAUCUGGGACUGAGCGUUCCUGAAUGGCACAGCCAAUCCAGGCUUCUCAGAAACUGGGCAAAAACCAUUAAAACGGGGAAGAUCAGGUCCAUUGCCAUUGUCCAACACAGGAUUUCUUUUAAACGUUUCAGAGACAUGUCCUUAAAAUUUCAGCCUGCUUCUUAGUGAGUGGGCCAGUUUUGCUUACAACCGGUAGGGGGAAAAAAAGUUUUUAAAAAUUGCCAAAAAGUGAGAUGAAAAUGUACUACUGUAUAAAGCAAAGCUGUAUAUACUAAACUUUUUUUAGCAGAGUAAUAUUUAUUUGCAUAGUCUAUUUAUUGUAUUCGUAUUACACUGUUAUUAAAUAUUGGGAUGAAAUCAAUGACCUGAAGCAAGGAGUCUUG